AUGGCUAACCAUGCAUCGCCCGAGCAGCUUCCCAGCAUGGUUCGCAAGCCAAAAGCUGUCUGGCCGGGCCUUGCCAGGAUGGGUAUGUACCAGAAGCAGAUAGCAGGCGAUGGCAAUUGUCUCUUUGCAUCUCUCUCUGAUCAGUUGUAUGGCACUCCGGCCAAACAUCCCGAAAUUCGUGCAAACAUCAUCGAACACAUGCGGACUUUUCGGCCUCUCUUCGAGCACUACGUACACAAAGAUGACGUGCAACAACGCCGAACCCUUCGUUCCGCCAAGUCGACUGCCCGUCAAGAUCCAGAAGACGCGUUUGAGGAAUACUUGACUCUCAUGUCACGCAGCGGUACCUACGGUGGAGAACCCGAGUUGGUUGCCUUCUGCCAGGUCUACGAUCAGGAUGUCACGGUGCACCUGCCACGCAUCAAGAAUUUCGAUAGAGACUCGAUUUCAUACACCAACGAACACCGCGAGACUUCAGUUCCACUGCCUGCAUUGCACAUAUGCUAUGGAGGAGACGAGGUCACUCGAGCACACUAUGAUUCAGCUCGGAGCAGAGAUGGUUCAACCCCUAGAGGCGCAAAAAGUCCUUUGCUCAAGCCUUCAGACAGCCCUCGCAAUGCCCUUGCCACUGUCGCCUCGGAGCCAGGGCACAUUCUUACAAACAGAACAAUUCGAAGUGAUAGAUCUGUCCUGUCUACCGAACUCAUCCAGGAUAUCCUGCAGCGAAGCAAGAAAGAAGUCGAUUCCGCACUAGAACAAGCCGGGGAAAAGUACCGUGCUAGGAGUCCUUCUGUGACAUCCUCACAACGCAGCUCAAGUUCCAAAAGAUCUUUAGACGACGACGGAGAGCCGAUUCGCUCCAGCAAGAGGACUGACAGAAGAAAGACUCGGAGCACUCGACGGCGGGCGGAGGUUGUGGCUGCGGCUUCUGACCCUGAACCUGAGCGUCUUCUGCCUCAGACUGUCGAGUUGGUAACUCCCGGAACGCCUGCAAGCACCCAAGACACUGAUGCCUCCUCUGACAACCCGCUCACUGAAGAUGAGCAGGGCCCCGAUAAGCCGGGAUCUGUUGCGCUAGCCGACGACAAUGAGAACCCCGAGCUUACGGCGCGUGCAGCAAAGCUACGUGCCAAAGGGCACACACGGACUUCUCUCCACAUCGUCACCAAUGGAGCACAGCUUGCUGAUUCGGCCACUCCGAGACAAAUGUCAGUUGCAGAGAGGCCCAAGUCUACUUUACGAGCAUAG